AUGGCUCUGAAUUACUUCGGCAGAGGCAUUCUGUUGCUAUGUCUUCUCGUGGUAAUCAUCCUCGUCAGCGGGUGCAAGCCGAUGUACUUCCGACACUCGGAACCAGCCGCGGAGUGGUUUCCUUCGGACCCAGCCGUGCUCGAUCACGAUCGUAUCUUCCCUUCCGGUGGUCCAUCGGUGGCCAGGGCGGCUGGACAAGCUGAUCAUCACUAUCAACCAUUCUCGGCCAAUAAUAUCCACCCUAUCGGCCUUCCAGCUGGGCCAUCAGCGAGCCACGACUUCCCCCUACCCUACAAUCACCCUGCCCACUCCCAGGCGCAUGGGCUGGACAUGUCGUUUGUCUUCGACGAACUAUCUCGACCCGAGUUCGGGGGCACAAUGAACAUCGCUCGUCUUCUAGAGCUUCUCAGAGAUGGGACACAAGGCUCGGAGUAUAUCUCGGCUGAUCCUUUACACCCCGUCGGUCUUCCAACCGGGGCACCAGCUAGCUACAUCUAUCAAACUGCUGAUGAGGAACAUCCCACUGACUUCCCGGCUCAGGGGCUGGCCAUGCCGUAUGACCCCCACGGCUUUGGUCCACCCGGCUUCGACCAGCAUGGGCCGGCCAUGCCGUAUGGCCCCCACGGCUUUGGUCCACCCGGCUUCGACCAGCAUGGGCCGGCCAUGCCGUUUGUCUCCCACCAACUAUUUCAACCCGAGUUCGGGGGCACACAGGACCUCGAUUACCUUGCUCAGUUUCUCGCAGACGGAAUCCCAGGCCCGAGUCGCCUCGUGACGCCAAGAACUUUACAGGCGCCUUCUCAUAGUUAUACAAUCGCAGACACUGAUCUUUCUCGCCUACCCGUUGCCUCGGAUUAUAUCUCGGCCAAUCGUUUACACCCUGUCGGCCUUCCAGCCGUGCCGGCAGCUAGCCACAACCACCUCCUACCAGAUUAUCAUCAUGUCCAAACUGCCGAUGAAGAACGUCCCGGGCCUCACCCCCAGGCUCAUGGGCUGGACCUGUCGUUUGCCUCCGAAAAAGCAUUUCGACCCGAGUUUGGGGGCAAAGAGGACAUCGAUUACCUUGACCAGUUUCUCAGCGACGGAAUACCAGGCCCGGAUAGCCUCGUGGCGCCAAGGACUUCAGAAUCACAUGUGCCUUCUCACGUGCCCGUCGCAUCGGAUCAUAUCUCGGCCAAUCAUUUACUCCCUGUCGGCCUUCCAGCCGUGCCGUCAGCUAGUCACAACCACCUAACAGAUUAUCAUCAUGUCCAAACUGCCAAUAAAAAACUUCUCCCUCACUCCCAGGUUCAUAGGCUGGACAUGCCGUUUGGCUCCGGAAAAGUACUUCGACCCGAGUUUGGGGGCAAAGAGGACAUCGAUUACCUUCAACAGUUUCUCAGAGAUGGAACAGCAGACCCAGAUGGCCUCGCGGCGGCAAGGGCUUCACAUACACCGGCUCAUAGUCCACAGACACCUUCUCAUAGUCCACAGACACCUUUUUAUAGUCCACAGGCACCUUCUCAUAGUCCCCAGGCACCUUCUCAUAGUCCACAGACACCUUUUUAUAGUCCACAGGCACCUUCUCGUAGUCCACAGGCACCUUCUCAUAGUCCACAGGCACCUUCUCAUAGUCCACAGGCACCUUCUCAUAGUCCACAGGCACCUCCUCAUAGUCCUACGAUCUCAGGCACUCGUCCUUCUCACGAGCCCGCCGUGUCGGAUUAUACCUCCUCGCCCUCCCCGGGCGCAAGCUCCGGCCCACCCAGCUUGUACACACCAAGCCGUAGUCCUACGAUCUCAGCCACUAGUUCUUCUUACGAGCCCACCGUGUCGGAUUAUACAUCCUCGCCCUCCCCGGGCACAACCUCCCGACACAAGCGAAAACCUUCUUAUAAGUCGAUGCACACAGGGAGAAUUGUCAAACCUCGGAAUCGUCGUCCUGUCCCCCAUAGGAAGCUAAAUGACGUUCUGACCAGCUCACUCACCCCACUCACGGCUCAAGCGGACUCGGUCGUUCGGGAAUCAGAAGACCAACGGCUAGUGCUCCCUCCAAUGUCACUUCGUGAGGAAAUGAUGUCACCUCGGCAGGGAAUAACGUCACUUCGGCUGGGAAGACUAGAGUUUGAUUGGCGUCUCUUUGCACCUAAUACGCCGUCGGACCCCAUCCAAUUCAGGGAAAACGAGUCACUGCAGGGAGGCGCCAGACGGCUCCCAAACGGCAAACUCGUCAUCCUAGAGAGCAAAUUCUUAGAAUACUAUCCCGAUUGUCUCCGGCGUUCUAAGCACCGCCCCAGCGACGGACGCGUGUACGAUGGAAAUGAAAGACAGCGUAGAUUGGCGCUCAAACUACCCGAGUUUGAGGGUCAUGAGAAGCAUUGGUAUCAACGCUGGUUCCAUGUAACUGGGAAAGACUUCUCACAAAAUCCCCACCUUGACGAUUUCGAUUGGGCCCGGCGCAUCUUCCCCAUCUAUCUAUUUUAUGUUGAGAUGAUCAGUUCGAUUGUCCCACGGGAAAAGGAAGAGCCGAAUAUGUCCCUAGCCACUGAACUCGAGCAGGCCCAAACAUCCUUCAACACAUUGACAGAGGACUACAAGCGCGGUAAUAAACCAAGCAUGGACAAACAAAUCAGACUAAUCAAGAAGCAGAUAAAGAGGAAGAAAGUCAUCAGGCUUCAUCCGCUCCUCUGGCGUUAUGUGAGGGUUUGGAUGCUCACUUGCAGGCGUGGAGUUUUUCAGAAAGCGGAUGAAAUUGACAAGGAUAUCCACAGUAAGAUCAAAGAAUUCUUCAACAAUGUCUUCUAUUUUGGCUAUUCAUCUCUUCAUCAAAGCUACUUUUCUACGGAGUAA